AUGCACAUGGCACGGUCUCCUUUUAAAGCUUUCCAGAGAAUCGGGACAGGGCCACACCGGCCGCUUAUCAAAGCAGUACUUAGUCCAAUGAUUGUCACCGGAAGUGUCAGAGUUGGGAACGGAGUCGAUCCUUCAGACGGGGCCUCAGGUGAGGCGUUGAAUCGGGGAAACUCUGGGUUGGGCGUAAGGGAAAGAGAAAGAAGGAGAAGAAGGAGAAGAAGAAGAAGACAAGGGGCUAGAGAGAGAAAAAUAAUAAUAAUAAUAAUAAUUCAAGCCGGAGCAGAGGUAAGAAAAAGGAACGGGAAGGGAGGUUGA